CGCAGUCGGACAGGGUGACCUGGAGGCUGAAAGCCGCGUUCGGUUCGUUACUGCAGCAACGCGUGUGUAGCCGUCGGUGCGAUGGACAGCUACUCCUCGGAUUUUUCUUCUGGCACUCCUGGUGGAGCCAAGGUAGAUGCGGGGACGAUCAUGGAGCAAGUGAAACUACAAAUUGCCGUAGCUAACGCUCAGGAAUUACUACAGAGAAUGACUGAUAAGUGUUUUAAAAAGUGCAUUGGCAAACCAGGAAGUUCACUGGAUAACUCUGAACAGAAAUGUAUAGCUAUGUGUAUGGAUCGAUAUAUGGAUGCCUGGAACACAGUAUCGCGAACUUACAACUCCAGAUUGCAGCGAGAGCGUGCACGAAUGUAAUUACACAGUGGAGAGUCAAAGAGGUAGCUUGUACUUAAGCUGAUGAGGUUGGGAGAACUUGAGAAUAAUGAAGUGAUGUACAAAAUGAAAUACUGGAAUAUUCUCUGAGAAAACCUGUAAACCUGCCUAGUCUUUAUUCAAACCUAAAUAUUGUGAACUUAAUUAUGAAUAAAAUGAAAAUAAAUAAAAUUGAACUUUA